CAAGGAAGUGCAACAGCGACACGUAAGAUUUGUUGACAUCUCAGUAGCUCAAGCUUUGCCUUUUAUAAAUGAACACAGCGAUUAAGAGGACACAGGUUUCCAUACGCCGCCUCUCUGGACUUAGUGAUGGCAGGGAAGAUGCAGCAGUUCAACGAGUCUGUGGUGAUCCGCAGCCUGAGGAGGUUCAGAGACAGAUACAUCCCCAGCGGAGGUAAAGUUGUACAUGGUGCAGCGCCUGUUGCGCACACCGGGGGAGACGACUCAUCGCUGGCCUUUAUGGACAGCUUACCGGUGGAUGUACAGUUCCUGAUCAUGACCCUGCUGUCCCCUGUGGAUAUCUGUCAUCUGGGAGCCACCAGUCACUAUUGGAGAGCCAUGAUUAGAGAUCAGCUGCUGUGGAGGUACUUCCUGCUCAGGGACAUGCCGCGUUGGACCUCCAUAGACCAUGUGAGCAUGCCCAGACUGCAGUCACUGGAUGCCCCGCUGAGUAGUGAAGAGCAAAGCCUGGAGGAUGGAGAGGAGUCAGGAGACACAGAGAAAGGGCCCAAACAUGACUACAUGGCUGAAUACCUGAGGGGCUGCCCUGCCUGCAGACAACGAUGGCUACCUCCACGGCCUCCGUAUGAGGUUGUGACGUCAUUCCUUCAGUCUCUGGUGCCAUCAGCCGAGCCACGUUAUGCCAUGUACGGCCCCGGCAUGGAGGAGCUGGAUGUCUCUAUGGUGACAAGGCUCAUGCAUGCCCCAGAUGUACUUCCUGUGUCCGGGAUUCCCCAGCGACAGAUAAAUGGAGUUGGCUCAGGGAUAAGUUACAUCUUCAACAACCAACACAAAUUCAAUAUCCUGACUCUCUAUUCAACCAACAGGGCAGAAAGGGAAAGAGCCAGAGUGGAGCAGCAGAGGGUCAGUAAUAAGCUCUUUACCUCUGAAGGAACAGAUCAGUCAGGGUGCCCAGUCUUCAGCCCGGCCCCUCAGGUCCAAGAGGUGUGCCAGGUCGUGGAUGGCUUCAUCUAUGUAGCCAACGCAGAGCGUGAUGAGAGAGGUGAGAUGGAAACAGAGGCAGCUCAAAUCCGGGCUGUUGUGAGCUCUGCCUGGGGCUCAGCCUCCAGGCCUCUCCUGGUGCUCUCCUGUAUCGCCACAGAAGAUCCAGAAGUAGUUAAUACUACUAGUCUGGGAUCUAGUGGCACCAGAACCAGAGGUAGGCGUAAAACCCCCUGUGUGGACAUGGCAAAGAGACUCUGCCUACCCCAACUGCCUAAUCCCUGGAUGGUGCAGGACACCGUGGCAGAGUCUUUGUCAGGUCUUCUAGAUGGCGUUUCCUGGUUGCUGAAGUGUUCAGGGGUCAAACUGUACAGUAGCUAACUACUACACAGUUGGCCCAAGUCCUGCUGUUGACAGAGGACAUAAAUCCACAGACCUCAGUCCUUCAUCAACCUAACCCCAAGACACAUUAUACCACUUCAUGGCUAGUAUAUGCCCAGUGUCUCAGGCUUGGAGUACUAUUUGAUUUGAAUUGGAAGGCCAGCAGAACUGAUUGGCUAGCAAGCCAAUAAUGAACACUCAUGUUUACAGUAACGAGAAGGAAUUACAGCAGAUGGGGAGGUUGUACAUACAUCUGGGAGCUUUGAAGUACCCACCCCCCUUGUACUGCUGGACACUGAGCAGCUUCACUGGUGCAGUUAGGGGUUAAGUGCCUUGCUCAAGUUAUACUGACAUUAGUUGUCAUUCGGAAGAGGACUGUUCAGCACUUUAUUCCCUUCCUCCUCCACACAGAUUUUCUCCAGUUGUCUUGGGAAUUUGUAGCGAUAACCUUACCCUCAUAAAUCUUUUUCUGUAAUCUGAAGACAACCAUUGCCAUGCAUCGUUUGCUUAAUUAAUUUGCUCUAAAGAUCGGUUGUUCUCUCAGAAGUCGAUUGUUCUUCCCAAUGUGUCAGCCUCUCUACCCAUUAAAUUGCCAAUGACUUACCAUUAAAUUACUGCUAAAUUACCUAUAACUUGCAGUUCAGUAUGAUCUUAAGAUGACAUACACAUACAACCACUAAACAGUGUAUGUGGGUCAUAGUAGUUUCUCUCUCUCUCUCUCUCUCUCUCUCUCUCUCUCUCUCUCUCUCUCUCUAUCGCACACAUACACAAACAAAAAGCAACUUUGGGAGCAGUGAAAGGUAUUUCCUUUCUACUGAGUUUAGAAAUGGGCCAGAGUCUGCUGGCACAACAGAGUGCACAGCCUGCUACACCGCUCUUGCCCUGUGAUUCCUUUCCUCUGAGGUCAGCACUGGCACAUAAACUGUAGUCCACAUCUGUAUCAAGGCACAUGAGAGGAGCUUCCUGCUUUGGCUACCAUAGAGUGCCACCAUUGCAUUUCUCAUUUAAUGCUUAUCAGAGGUGGAAGUAACUAAUUAUAUUUACUCAUGUAAAAGUAUUUUUUGUGUACUUUUUUGAGUGAAGUCAGUAAUUUUACUUGUAUAUUUUUGCUGUUUAUUGUACUUCACUACAUUUUAAAUCAU